UUUUUAUAAGAUGAAUAUCUAAUUGGAUAAUAAUGAAAGUGAAAUCGUGAUUUAAUAUGAUUAACGUAUGAGGUCUAUAAGCCUUGAAUGAAAGAAUAUGUAAAUUUAUUUUUUAUGUAGAAAAGCUUUGUAUUUUUAGUGCAUGCAAUUUAUUUUUUUUGUUGGAUUUUAUGUGUACUUGAUUUUUCUAUGCAACACAUCAUGUGUGCAUUCUAAUUUUUUUUUUAAUUUUUUGUCGACUGUUCUACUUUGUUCUAUAGAAGGGGUAAGGAAAAUAAGGCGUAAUUAAAAAGUUGAUGUUACCCUAAAAACAAGUAAAAUUAAUUUUAAUUUAUUUAGUCUUUUUAUUUGGUUAAGUUAUUGGAUUUUGGUGAUAAAACUUUUGAAUUUCCAAAAUUUAUCAUGAUUAUAAAUCGCUUAAAAUGUAGGAAGACAGAAGAAUAAAGUUAAAUUUUAAAUUGUAGAUUUUGAUAACUAUGAACUGUCAAAAAAGUGAAAAAACAAGAAUAAAUAUCGUUCAAAAAUUCAAUGAGAAAUGCUGUUGUCCUUUUCGUAUACUUCUAUUUCAUAUUUUUUUGCGAGCGCGCAAUGCUGCCAUAGCUAUAAAAACUUUAAGUCGCCAUUUUAGAUAUUUCAUUAUACUUUGUUCAACAUCAUUUCAUUGUGUCCUCAGUAAUAAAUAAAAAUUAAAAUAAAAUAAAAUUUAAUUACAUAUUAUUAUUGUGUUAUUAUAAUUAUUUCAUUUAUAAUAAACGUAUUGCAAUAUUUUGAUUUGAAAAUAAAAGGAAAUUGCAUGGAAAAAAUGGAAAUAUAAAUGUAAAAGAAUUUUCAUUUCAAAACAAUACCCAUGUUAUUGAUUUUUGCUGAGAUUAUGCUAAAAUAGUUUAUUCAACUUUAAGUUUAAUUUAUAAACAAAUUUAAAGGAAUUUAAUAUUAUCACAUCGAUUUUUUUUUCGUUAAAUAUAAAAAUUUCAAAUAUUAAAUUGAUUAACUCAGCAAAAGAAAAGUUUUGCAAGUAAAUUUUAAAGAAAAAAAAUGGAGGAUCCAAAUCGAAUGAUGGCUCAUACUGGAGGAAUGAUGGCACCUCAGGUAUAUGGAAUGCAAGGACAAGAUGAUGGAACAAAUACUGGGAAUGAAAAUGAAAUACGAAAAAAAGACAUAGGUGAAAUAUUACAGCAAAUUAUGAGCAUUUCAGAACAAUCAUUAGAUGAAGCUCAGGCAAGGAAACAUACUUUAAAUUGUCAUAGAAUGAAACCAGCGUUAUUUUCGGUUUUGUGCGAAAUAAAGGAAAAGACUGUUUUAUCUUUUCGUAACACUCAAGAGGAAGAACCACCAGAUCCGCAAUUGAUGCGUUUAGAUAAUAUGUUGAUUGCAGAAGGUGUGGCUGGUCCAGAAAAAGGUGCAGCAGCGGCUGCUGGUGCUGCUACAUCAUCAUUAUCUAUUGAAAAUGCGGAUAAUGCAAUUGAACAUUCAGACUACCGUGCGAAGUUAGCUCAAAUUCGGCAAAUAUACCAUCAAGAAUUGGAAAAAUAUGAACAAGCUUGUAAUGAAUUUACAACUCAUGUUAUGAAUUUGCUCAGAGAACAAAGUCGAACAAGGCCAAUUACUCCAAAAGAAAUUGAACGUAUGGUUCAAAUUAUACAUAAAAAAUUCAGUUCAAUACAAAUGCAAUUGAAACAAUCAACAUGUGAAGCAGUUAUGAUACUAAGAUCAAGAUUUUUGGAUGCACGUCGUAAACGUCGCAAUUUCAGUAAGCAAGCUUCAGAGAUUUUGAACGAGUAUUUUUAUAGUCACCUAAGUAAUCCUUAUCCAUCAGAAGAAGCUAAGGAAGAAUUGGCUCGUAAAUGUGGAAUUACGGUUUCGCAAGUUUCUAAUUGGUUUGGUAAUAAACGUAUUCGUUAUAAGAAAAAUAUUGGUAAAGCACAAGAAGAAGCAAAUUUAUAUGCUGCUAAAAAAGCGGCUGGUGCUUCCCCUUACUCAAUGACUGGUCCUCCAAGUGGUAACACAACGCCAAUGAUGUCACCGGCACCACCGCAAGAUUCAAUGGGUUAUUCGUUAGGUUCAGGUGGUUAUGAUCAACAACAACCAUACGAUGGAAGCAUGGGCUAUGAUCCCACUAUGAAUCAGGAUCUUAGUCCUUGAGGACGACAUACCUACAAAUUUUAAAAUUUUACCUAUUAAUAUAAAUACUUAAUAUUAUUUACACUAAAAAAAAAAUAAAAAUAAAAAAAAAAAUAUAAAUAUAAGUGAAUUUUCAAGAAUUACAUGAGUGCAAUAACAAUAGUGGAGAACUUCUUUAAUAAAGAAAAUCUGAUUAGUUAUAAUACGAGUAUUUAUGUAUUUUAUACUAAAUUUUUUAGUAAUUUUGAUUAAUUUUUUUUAUAAUUAUUAAUUUUUAUAUAAAAACUACUUCUCAGAUAUUUCUUUAUUUUUGAAGAAAAAAAAUUAUCAUGCCAAUUUGAAUAUGUUCUAUAGUAGAUUUUUUUUUUAUUAUAGGAACGAAUAAAAAUGUUUUGGCAAUUAAUAUAAAAUCGAAAAAAUAAUAUUUUCGCAACAUAAUUGAAUGUUAGCGCACAAAAAUAAAAAUAAUUUCUUGGCAUGGUCCUAGUAUUUUUUAAUGAAAACAAAAUGUAAUUCUAGGAAAUUCUAUUAAGAUUAAAAAGUUUAAAUUUAAAAUUAAAAAACAAAAACAUUUGGAAAAAAUGUAUACUGAAAAAUUGUAUACGUACUUAUUAAUCACUGGAAAAAUGUAUACGUAAAAAUUAAUAAUAAAGAAGUUUAGCUAGUAUGCCAGCUUAAACAAAAACUUUUCAUUCAAAUUUAAAAUUUUGCAAUAUUUUAGGUACAAAUAGGCUUUUGAUGCAUUAAAAAACGGGAUUACGUAUUUUAAAUGUCGAAAUUAAUUGGGGCUAUUAUAUUCUUAUUUCGUUGAUAUAAUAUAUAUUGCUAAACGCAGGUUUUUAGCGCUCAAGGGAAAUGCUUUACGGAAGUUCUAGUGAAAAUUCGAAAUUUGCUCAACUAUUAUUAAAUUAUGUUUUUUUUUUGUGAAUGAACUAAGUAGUAGGUACAUACCCACUAAAUAAAAUAAUACUUUCGACUUGCUGUCAAAUGUAUGUUUAAUAAAAAUUUACUGUUUAGGAUAAGUUUUGUCUAUGUGGGUAUAUACUAUGCUAUAGAUAGAGUGUUGAGUAUAGAUACCACAUGAGUACCAAAAACAGAUUUUAAAUAGACGAAAUAAUCGCUGCGGAAAUAAAGUUCUUAUUUCCUAAUAAAUUUAUUUUUGAAUUUUCUAUUAAUUUCUAGAUCAGUCAUUUACUAAAAAUAGUUUUUAUUUUAAUUUAAAAUAAAAAAUGCAAAGCAUAUGUUUUUAGAACAUUUUUUAUGAAAAUUUGUUGAAUUUUGAAACUAGGGGUUUUUACAUACUGGAAUAAGAGCAUAAUCAUAGUUUAUAAACAACUUAUAUACAUUGAUAUGUUGGUAUCUGUAUCGAGUACAUAUAAAAUAUUUUACUACCGCAAAAUAUGUCGGUAUUAAAUUUAACUAGAAGCACACUCUAAAAAAGUCCGAAAACUGAACUCAGAAAAUUUUGAAUAAAAGGGGUAAUUUUUAAUAAUUUUUAAUUGGCUAACGAUUUGCGUAUAUAAUUGCACUAAUUCCUUGGAGCAAAUACAACAUUUUUACAAAAGAAAAGAAAUGUGCGAGCUUGAUUUGAAGAACUGGAUUUAUAAAAUCUACCAAUUAAUUUUUUUUAAAUUAUCCGCGAAAUCGUGAUAAUUAUUCAUUGUGCAUAUGGGUCCAUAAAAAAAAACAAUAUUCAAAGCUUUUUUCAUAAUAUUAAUUUGCAACAAAGAGUUUACAUUUAAUUUUUUCUUAUUUAUAGAAAACAAAAAUUGAAAGUCAUUGUGGUAUAAUUUUUUUUUUUAUGAUGACGACAUAACGUAGUUCGUUCUUUUUUCUUUUUACAAUAAAAUGGUUUUACUUUUUUAGAUGAACUAUAAUUUUUUUUUAUAAUCAGAUAUUGUACUUUAAAUUUGAUACAUGUAUGCAUUUACUUGUUAAAGUUGUUGAGUUGGAUAACUUUAUGCAAAAAAAUUUGGAAGGUUUGCAAAAUUUUUUAAAAUUUUCAUUACUCAAUGACCUUUUGAUUCUGAAAAAUUAUUCCCUGUAUGUUAGAGCAAUUGAAUGUUGAUUUUCUAAUAAUAAAUUAAAAUUUACUAAUUAUUAAAAAAAAAGAAACGUCUUAUCAUAAUGCCUAAUUUUUUUUUUUUUAAUAAAAAUAAAAACAAAGGUGAAGCUCCGAAUCCAACUUUACCAAAUGCA